AAAAAAAAAAAUUGUGGGAGCAGAAAAUGUUCAAUGGAAUGGUCUGGUCUGAACAUCCAAUAUCACAUUGACAUUUUUGCAUUACAUAUUUAUUUAAACAUUUUCUAUACUUUGUAUUUUUUCUCUGCUUCCAAUGCACGUCUGUCAAAUACCAAAAGCACAACCCUCCUUUUUCCUUUUUUAAUAUCCUUCUUCCUCUCUACGAAGCAGUAUAUGGUUUGCCAAAAUGAACGAGCUCCAUACAACAACAAACAAAUAAUGGCGUUUUCUCUUAUUUUUCCUUCAAUCAAUCUUGCUAUCAACUGAAGAUUUUCUCGUGUAAAACAGGCUGUUAUUUAAAGAUUAAAGAAGCAGAAGACUUGGACAAAGACUUUCCUUUACUUGGUCAUCUUGUGGACUUUGAUGCAAGUGUUCUCUCUUCAUUAUACUUCUUUCCUAUAAUAGAACUAUAAUGGAUCCCUGGCCUCGAACAACAAGCAUCCAAAUCAAUUUGGGAUAUGCCCCACUUUCAUCCACUACUGACUCCUUCUAUGCUCAUCCAACAGCAAACGGUAUUACCAGUAUUAAUGAAAACAUUAGAAGGAGUGAUCACAUUGACAGAGAAAUAACUCAGCGCGAAGCAGAGAUACAUAAAAUUCAGAAAGAAAUCAUAGACUUGGAACUUGCAAGUAGGCGUACAGUCGAAGCACAAGUUAGAAGAGAAAUUCUAUUGGAAGGAGAGCUUAAAAUGCAAAGGUCAGAACCAUUAAAAUUUCCAUCAUCAUCAUCAUCAUCAUCAUCCACGUUGAUGCAUCAUCAUUGCUAUGGUGGAUAUGAUCAGGGGAGACUGCUUGAUGAAACCAUGCCCUCUCAGUCUCUUUAUGAUUCUGGAGCCUCUAAUAGAUUCUCAUACAAGAGAUUCUCAGAAGCAGCGGUGAAUGAGGUUGAACCGCCAUUUCAACGCCUUAGAAAUUUUGAUGGUAGAUCAUCAGCUAUUGCUCCUGGUAUUGCAGGACUUCCCUCAUCAGCUAGUUCAGGGAGGUUGUUGGUUCUGCCUAAAGUCUUUCAUCCCAAUCUGUCUGGAACAAAGAGGAAAGAAACAGAAGCAGCAAUGGCGGAACCUAUGAUGCUUCCUUUUGUCAAUAAAAAGAAUAAAAAAUUGCAAUCCCAGCACAAGGAAUGGAGUUGCACUCUGUGUCAAGUGAGGGCUACUAGUGAACAAGGUUUGAGAGAUCAUUUGAGGGGAAAAAAACACAAGGCAAAAAUGGCAAAGAAAAUGAAAGGUAAGAAAACAACGCCCAGAAAAUUCAAAGGGAUUAGGAACCAAACAAACAAGCAGCUUCAAGGUUGUUAAACGCACUAAAUUUAUGUUUAACUUGUUUAAUCAAGAGAAGAUUUCAUGAAUUUCAUAUCCCUGUAUAAAUAUAUAUGUAUGGCUUAUAAUUUAGAUGUUGCAGCCAAAUUAUCUGACACUGAAAAAUAUCAACUUUUGAGAUAAGGAUGAACAGAAGGUCUGCAAUUUUUUUCCA